AUGGCGGCGGCGGGUCCGGCCUCGGUCACCGGGCGGCUCCCGGCUCGUCCCCGGCCCGGCCCCGCUCGGUUCCGUGGCUGCUUGGCCGGGGCGUUGUUGGGGGAUUGCCUGGGAGCUGUUUUCGAAGGCAGGAGCGUCGUGAAGCUGCCGGAGCUGCUGAGUUUCCUCAAAGGGCUGGAACCGGCGCCGCCUGAGGAGGGAGGGGAGGCGGCGGGGAGCGCACGUGGAGAGUCGCUGCCGUACACGGACGACACGGCCAUGAGCAGGUCGGUAGUGCAGUCACUGCUGGCCAAGCAGGAGUUUGAUGAGGUUGACAUGGCCAAGAGGUUUGCUGAGGAGUACAAGAAGGAGCCCAACAGGGGCUAUGGCAUGGCUGUGGUCAACGUCUUCAAGAAGCUCCUGAGCCCCAAGUGCAGCGACGUGUUUGAGCCUGCGAGAGCUCAGUUCAACGGGAAGGGCUCCUACGGGAAUGGCGGGGCCAUGAGGGUGGCCGGCAUCUCCCUCGUCUACUCUGACAUCCAGGAUGUCAAGAAGUUUGCGAAGCUGAGCGCUGAGCUGACCCACGCCAACUCCCUGGGCUACAACGGGGCCAUCCUGCAGGCCCUGGCCGUGCACCUGGCACUGCAGGAAGGGCUCAGCAGGGAAACCUUCCUGGAGCAGCUCAUCAGCCACAUGGAGCACGUGGAGGCGGAUGACAAGUCUCUCAGUGAUGCCCGAGCGCUGGGAUUUGAGGAUUUACCAUUUUCCAGGCGUCUAAAGAAAAUCAAGGAAUUUUUGGAGCUCAGCAGUGUUCCCAAAGCAGAUGUAUUGUUUGAGUUGGGCAAUGGCAUCGCUGCGCUGCGCUCCGUCCCCACUGCCAUUUACUCCUUCCUGCGCUGCAUGGACGCUGAUCCUGACAUUCCUGAGCACUACAACGCCCUGCAGAGAACCAUCAUCUACUGCAUCUCCCUGGGGGGGGACACGGACACCAUUGCCACCAUGGCGGGGGCCAUCGCCGGCGCCUAUUACGGGGAGGAGCAGGUGCCCCCGAGCUGGGAGCAGAGCUGUGAGGCUUUCCAAGAGACCCAGAGGAUGGCCAAGAGCCUCUAUGAGCUCUACUGCCAGCGGCUCUGAGCUCGGGGGCAGCUCCAGGGCUUUCCUGAAUGUGAAGGGAUGGUCAGAUCUGCUGCUCUGGUCAGAUCCAGCAGUGGAUCCGCGCCGUCGGCCGACGCCAGUGAGCCUCACCUGGGAACGGUGCCUGCUGCUGUCAGCUGGGAGCUGGAGCCAGCUGGGAAAAGAGGGAACAUCCCCUUCAGUCAUGGAUCAACUGGGAAGUGGCUGCACUUGGACAGUGGCUGCAGCUCCCUGAGUGUACACGAGUGUCUCAUUUUCCAUAGGAUUUCUGCUUUGUCCACCACUGUGCCAUUGGUCGUUGCAGUUAUUGGCAAGUGUCUGAAUCUGGACUUUCUCCCUGUUUUCCUCUGCUCCUGUGUCCAUGGGCUGUGUUUUGUCCAGUGGCUUUGGGAGUCUCCACACCCCUGGUACAGCAGCAGGUCAUUCUCAGCUGGCCAGAUAAGGGAUGUCACAGGAGACACCAGACAGGUCUGGUGGCCCAGGUUGUCACCUGUGCUGAGUUAGGAUAAUGGAGCGUAGAUUUCCAGGGAGGUUUGCUGCCUUAAAGGCAGAAUGAGAAGGGCCAGAGAAGGGAGAAGGGAUUUCUUUGCAUUGCUGAUGGCUCUGUGAGAGACCUUUGAUGCCUGCAGAUAAUCCCAGCUGGCUCCUUGUCCCUGCUGGGGGAAGGUGUCACUAAUUGCUGCUGCUCCUGUGUCCUUGGCCCUGUAAUCCAACAGGCACCUGCUGCACUUUGUGCCCCCUUGCACAGCAGCUGUCACACUGCUGCAGCCACUGGCUGCUCCUGUGUUCCUAAUCCAUGCAUCCUGUAUUUUUGAAGUCUUGUAUGUGCUUAGAGCAUCAAGUGAGAUUCCUGUUUAAAUCACACAAUACCCCAAACUGAAAGGGACCCACAAGGAUCAUGAGAGUCCAGCUCCUGUGGAGUGCAGAUCUGGGAGUGGAGGUAGUACAGGGAUAGAAUGCCUGGCUCUGCUGCAGUCAGUCACAACAGUGACUUGAGCAGGAUGCAGGAGUUAAGUUAUCACAGUCUCAGCCUCUGUACUUGGUAAAAAUUGCCCCAAAAUUAAAGGGAAAGAUGGGUUAAUUGUGGACAUCAAUAUUUAAAAGAAGCUGUUGCUGGUGGCCAAGAACAUUCUAGCCCAGCUGUGUUCAAGAAUUUAAAG